AUGCAGCGGUCGCCGCCGCACGCGGCCGCGUCCCCACCGCUGGUAGACGACGGCCACGAACGUAUCGUGCUCACUCCUACACCGUCUGAAGACGCCGUUGGUCAAGUCUACGACCACGUGUCGUCCCCGCCGUCAUCGGUGCCGCCGUCUCGACGACGUUCGUCCCACCGUCCGAAGACCUCGACUUCUGACCAUACUGUCGUUGCAACCAAUGUGCUCUUUGCUGCGUGUCUCUUACUAGCCACUAGCGUGCGUGCGACUGUCGUGUCCUUAAUCUAUGCUUUCAUGUUUUGCUCUAGCGUCGUGCACCAGUCGUUCGAGUCCCGAGCUCUCACUUUACUGACUCUGGUCGUAGCGCUUGUCGCGUGUGUGUGUCACGGCGUGAUCCAAGGCAUUGACAGUCGAGAUGGUGAAGAUACUGCAGACGUGUCGAAAGUGAUUGGCUUCUCACGGACGCACAAGACUGUGCUUGAGUACUUGCAGACAAUUGGAGUCGACGUGCUCGUAUUCGUGAGCAGUAGCGCGCACUAUUGGGCUCUAACACGGACACGAAACGUGCGGCUGUCUGUGGAAAAAGAUAAGGAAGACACGAGGCGACAGCACUUGGACUUGUUCGAAAUGGGCGAGCACUUUAGAAACGACAGGGAACGCAAGCGAGAUUGCCGUCGCUCGGUGAUCCAGGCAGUGGAGCUCUUGACGGCACUGCUGCUGUUUCUCACGUCCGUGUCGGUACCGGCGUUUGCUUCGGGAGUGCUCUAUCUAGUGCUGGUUGCACGCUUGAUUGUAUACACAGUAUGUGUCCGGAGGGUGACUGCGCAGGAACUUGUUGCUCGCAACUCGAGCGCGACUUUUGUUAGCCUUUUCUUGGGCCCAGUAGUCACGAACGUAUUGUUGGUUUGGUGCCUUGUCAUUAUCUUCGCGUGGUAUGUGUGCCAUCUGGAGCUGUUGAACGACGAUGAGAAUGUGCGGACAAUCGCUACAUAUUCUGGUUUCGCUAGCUUUCGUGACCGCGGUGUGCAGUGGCAGUACUUUCUCUUUGCUGGAUCCCUGUUCUUGCUCUUCGUUAGUUGUGCCAAGUUGCGUUCGUUGCACAUAGAAGCAGCAAAAGCGGAUAGAGCUGGUGGUACUAGAAGCCAUGCGUCUGGUUUGUCGAUCAACGGUGCUAUGGCUGUUGACCUUGGAUCCGUCAAUAGUGGCGUUGCGCAAGCACUGCUUGAUCGACGCAAUCGGACGGAAUGUGACGAUAUUCCAGAAUUACUGAGCAAGCAAUCAAUCAUUGUGCGCGCUUUUGCUCGCGAUGGGGGUCUCUUGCUGGGCAGCGCUGCGGCAAUCGUGUGGUGCGUAUCGUAUCCGUCAUACUUGUCUGCCCCUUUGUUAGGGCUAGCAUUUGCGACAAUUGCGGUGUUUGGAUUGCUGUCGUCAUCGAUCUUUAUGUGGCUGUUCAUUGCAUACGGAACACUGAUGGCGCUGACGGAGUACACGAGCAACCUUACUGUCAACUUUGUGCCCGGUGACUUGUCGGUGUACGGUUUGCGGGUUUUUGACUACCCGUGUUUACAUAUUGGUGCGCAUACGCUUUGCCUCGUGUUUAUGCUCUUGUCCAUCCGAACACAGUGGCGUUAUCAAGACGUCCUCCGUGAGUCUCGGCAGCGUCGCAACACGGCAAAGGUUCCCGAGAACGAUGACGACAACGGCGACGGAGUGUUUGAGGACAGAGCAAGCUAUGUAAACUUCGUGCGUCUGGCAAACAUACACCGGCAACUUCAACUAGGCUGGCGAUCUGCUGCACACGUGUGGAUUCUGGAUGCGAAGCGAGUUGUUAUCUUGCAUGUGGAUGUGCUGGUUCUUGCUACGAUUUUGAUUGUUGCGCUGAGCACUGAGGUGUCGUUUCUUCAAGUGGGAUAUCUCGUGCUCGCUGCGCUGCUCAUGCUUUUUUUCAAAAAGCGACAGCGAUUAUGGCGCGUACUACUGCUGUAUUCGCUUGGGGCAUGCUUUGCUGUUUUUAUUUGGAACGUCGAUUGCUCGGAGACUUCUGGGAUGGAGCUUAUCGGUUUGCAGUGCUUCCAUCCUGAGAUGUACACAUGGGGAUCAUUGUGGCCGACGUUGUUUAGCGCUCAGCUUUUGAUUAUCUUUCAAGUGGUGUUUCAGCUUGUGAUCUAUGUAACGAAGAGUGGAGCGAUUGAAGAACGCGUGCGGACCAUGGAUCACAUUCGACAAAAGCCCGUAUUCUUUGUGUCCCGCUUGGUCGUGGAAAUCGACAACUGUUUCCGUAUUGGCGGAGUGCUGCUUUGCCACACAGCUUUUAUUGUCGUGGCUGUUCAGUUUGAAAGUGGGCCAACAAGUUUAAGCACCAACAUGAUCGGGGGCGUGCAGUUGGCGUUGUUCUUUGUCAUUUUUGGUUAUCAAUUGGGGACUUUUGCGGCAAGAACGUCGGUGGCGUUGAGACUAUUGUGGUCAUUAGCUCUGCUGAUUGAAGUUGUGGUUUUAGUGAUGCGAUACAUUUACCAGUUCGAAAAGGUGUCAACCUACAUGGAAUCGCACUUGUUCACACCGUCAUUUUCAGCCCAAGAUGUUGGACUAGAGUAUCACGCAUUCACCGGAGGAAUCUCGGACGUGUUUGUAUACUUACUGCCUACAGCAGUUCUAACGAGCCUCUGCUUUUGGCAGCUUUCGUCCAUGACGAAAAAUAGCAUGCCGUUUGACUUCUUCACUGCCGGUCGAAGUCGCGUGGCACAUUUCAUUUGUUUCUGCAUGGAAACUGUGCAGCAUCUGCUAAUAUCGUUUAGUGCGAUCACGCUGGUCGUUGUGACGAUGUGGGUCGCUCUCGACCAAAUCAGCUUCGUCGGUUGGCUUUAUGUUCUUACACUUGUAGCCGGCCGUGCCUUGACUGAAGCGUGGACGCAGUUAUGGCUACCCUUGUUUUGGCUCGCAGCGCUAUCGAUGCUCCUGAAAUACCUGAUUCAGGUGAGCACUUUCACAGCACAGUCGGGUACGGUGAACAGCAGCGUGCUCUCUAAAUCUAGUGAAAACAGCGACUGGGUCGGAAUGGUUCGUUUGAACGAUCGAUACGACAGAGACAGCGUAGGGAAGUCGGCGCUAUGGGAUUUGCUCUCCGGGGAGUUUUUGAUCAUUUUCAUGUGCUCGCUACAGCGUAUGGCGCAGUACUUUGACUCGUCGUCGUCGGUGCGUUGGCUACUAGAAUUGGGUAAAUCGACGAUGCGAUUCGAAGAGCAAUACGCGCUCUAUGCAGCAAAAAACAUGGACGUAUACCACCGGACGUCUUCAUGCGAAGUCGAUGGCGACGAAGACCAAGCUCGAACAAGCAUGUAUGAUCACGAAGUUGUCCCGUCUCUCAUUUCGGAAAGACAGUCAGGAAACGAGCCAGAUAGCAAUUUGCUGAACCUCACAUUUCAGUCGUCUUCCCUUUCUGAUAGCAAGACCUUCAUCUCGUGUCUCCGCAGAUUUGGGACUACGUAUGCCAGUAAGGCAUCCGUGAACUUAGUGAUGCUCUUGCUGACCGUGUCGUGCUUCAUUCAUCAAGACGUUAUCGCGAUAAUGUAUCUGCUGAUUGUGCGCAGUAUGAUGUUCGCGUACCCUUCGACAGUUUGCGAACGAUGGUGGGCAUUGGCGUGGCUUCUUUCUGUGGUAGUCGUGUUGGAGUAUUCGAUCAUGUUGUGGUUGCCUCCGUUCUUCAAGAUUAAAAUGGAGGAAACGUUUCCGUGGCGGAAAAUGUCGAGUACUUAUGAGACGUGGUUGGUGCCAAGUGACCAACACAAGUGGGCGUCGAUGGCAGAUUUUGUGGUACUUUUGGGCGUGUAUCUCCUACCUCAUUCUGAAAAUCUCACCGAAGAUAAAAAAAGGAGGACGUGGUCGAUGAACCAGCGUCUGUACGUCAGGCGAAUCAUGACAGCGGAUUCAUCGAUGAAAGCGCGGAAGGCAUGGGCUCAAAAGAAACUGCAGUAUCUGCGGAAGGAAGCGCGUACGUCACGCUUACACGGAAGUACGCUUGGUAUUUUCUUGAGCAUGCCUUUCUGGUAA